AUGACGGCGGCUGCUGACGGCGCGGCUCCUCCUUCUCUGGCGAGGCUUGACGGUGGCGGAGCAAUGGCUGCUGCUGCGGACGUUUCGCAGGUCUGCGGUGGCCAUGGUGGUGCGCAGAACAAGCUUCACGGAGGCGUGGUGGUGUGCGUCGGAUCUGCUACAGGUGAAGGUGGCGCGAAGGAGGAAGAUGGUGGUGGUGGAAGCGCGAGAAAGCUCGCGGAGGAGAUCUGCAAUGGAGGUGGCGUGACGGAACUGCGGAGUUGUGGCAGGUCUGCGGUGGUGGCGCGAGUGAAGAAGAUGCGCGCUGUCACGGUGCUGAUGGUGCGUCGUGGUGGCCGGAAUGGAGGCUGCUGUUUCCGGCGAGUUGCAGUGGUGGCCGGCGAGGAGAUGGCGGCAGCGGCUGCUGUGGUGGGUGGAAGGGAAAUUAGGAGUGACCGUAUGCAUGAACAAAAUGAACGUAUGCGCCAAAAAGAUGAACAUAUGAAACUUAUUUUGCAACAUAUUCAUUUGAAAAAUGUUGUGUCAAGUCUUAAUGAUGCUACUACUAUUGAAGAUGAUAGAGUAGACCAUAUCAGUGAUUGUAGACCAGGAGAUCAUUAG